CAAUUGGUUUUGAUUACAAAAUAAAAAUAAAUGGUAAAUUGAACAAUGAGCGCCUUUGAAAAUUAAAGUGUUGUUUUAUAAAUCAAAAAGUAUCUGCGCAUAAAUUUAAGCAACCAUGGCAAGUGAACCAGAGGAUCAGUUGGAAUUAAUAGAAAAUGUUUCUGAAAUCAUGUUAGAUUUAGCGAAUGAGUUAAAAAAGCUGUAUUCCUAUAGGGAUUUAUUUUUUGAGAAUCACCCUGUAGAAAUGGCAUCACAAAAGAACAAGUGUGUUAAUGAGAAAAAAGAUUUAUUGGUUGCAAAAUUCGAAAGCUACAAUGUGGAUGUCCAAAUUCCAUUUGCUGUGCGAGCAGAAUUCCUCUACAUGAAAGGAAAGUGCUACAACAUAAGUUCAACUUACGACUCACGUGCGAUGCAGUGCCUCAGCAAGGCGGUGAAACUCAAUCCACAUUUAGUAAAUGCGUGGAAUGAACUUGGGGAGUGUUAUCUAAAGAACAUGAAUUUACAAGAGGCUAAAGCUAGCUUUGAAGGUGCUCUUAAACAUGAGCGGAAUCGCCUAGCUCUUCGUAGUCUAGCUAUAAUCCUACGUCAAGAGAGCGGUCAGCUAAAACAGAGUGAAAUAUCAUCAGCCAUGUUUAAAAGCGUGGAGCUAGCCAAGGAAGCGGUAGCACAAGAUAUCAAAGAUGGAGUGUCCUGGUCGGUUUUGGGGAACUCUUACUUGUGUCAAUACUUUAUGGUGGCGCAAGAUCCUGCUACGCUGAAGUUGUGUAUGAGUGCAUAUAAACAGGCCUGGGCAGACCCUGUGGCGAAGGGACAGCCGGACUUGCAUUAUAAUAAAGGAGUGGCUCUAAAGUAUUCGGAGUGUUACGGUGAGGCUAUAAAGAUGUUCGACCAAUCCUGUCGCCUCGACCCCGGCUGGCAGCCCCCCGUGGAUGAGCGCGCGGAACUUAUCCACUACCUCACUGAGGCGACGCGCCUUGUACGCACGCGCGGAAAGCUCAAGGCCAAACGGAUCUCGAAUAUGGUUCAGACCAUAGACAAGAAGAUGCUGGGCGAGUAUGCAACGGACUUAUACAAUUCCGGUACCCGUAAAGACGUGCAAUUGGUGCACGUCGGGUUAGACGAACUACAAGAGGGCAGUAAUGAAGGCAAAGUCAUUCUGGCUAGAGUCCUAGGCUCCAUACAUAACAAGAACGCUGUACCUUUUACCUUCGCAGUAAUAGACAAGAGUCUCAAAUGCGUGUGUGUGUCCGUGUACAACUGGGCGAACGGGCGCGGUGUUAUCAUCGGAGACGUGGUCGCAGUUCCGGAACCAGUGCUGACCACGCAUGCUAUGGAUUCAGACUUGGCUAAGUUCGACUUCAUGUCGAUUCGUGUGAACAACCCGCUAGUAUUGCUGGUUAACGGGAAGCGCGUCAACCGGAACCAGUUCGCCAGGACGCGUGUAACAAGCACGUACGAGAUACACUGACAGCCGACUUCGACACGAUGCACUGGCUGCUUCAGCCAUAUACAGGCGAUGCGCUAGUCGUGUUAAGCCAACAGUUCUCGUGGCCCAGCUUUGUAUGGCCUUGAUAGUGUGUUAUGGACCUUAAUAAAAUUAAUGUGAAUAGUUUUCGGACGCACCGUGCUAAAUGAACGUCGCAUUGUGCUGUUUGAAUUAGUCCCACUCCCAUACUUCAUAUCCUCUCUAAAAGAUUCUGAAACAGUUAGCUUAUUGCUGAUAUAAAAACAAUCACACAAGUCCUAAUUAAAACAUACCAUCAAAAUGAAUGAUAUCGGAUAGAAGCAGGCGUUACUUUGCGGAAUUCCAUGAUAUAUUAUGAAAAUUAAGCUUAAUUUGCUAUACUCUGCGGUAAAAGUGAUCUCUGCACGGUAACCUUAACGAUCGGAAUAUACAUGAUAGACGGGAA